GUGACGCGCUGGUGCACGUCCGCAGCUCUCCAUCCCCAUUCAGCCCGCAGCAGCAGGAAGUGUGCUGAAUACGCCGAGAAAAAAGACGGUGGAGCCGCCCGCGGAAGAGAAAAAUAAAAGAGUUAAAAUAAUUAUGGCGAGCGACUAAACGUGCAGUAUAUCCAGAAAGAGCACAAACCCCCAUCCCUGAUCUUUGUGCACGUCUGUAAUUCGGCUUUCAUCUGGUGCCCUGCAACUGUCCAUACCCUCUCUGAACUGGUGCGACCGAGUGGAAUUGAAAGGCUGAUUGGAGAGAAUAUCUGCCACCCAGGUAAAAUGGCUGAUUCUACAGAAGCAGAGAGCUGAACAUCACACAUUGCCCCCUUUUCUUCUUUGUUCGAGGAUCAUUUUAUGUGGACAUUUCCCCUUCCAUUUCAAAUUUCUCAUCAUGGCUAUGCAUGAUAUGAAUCGUGCCAAAGGUUUCCCUUGCAAAGAAUGCGACAUGAUUUGCCCAAGUACACCUAGCCUUCUGGAGCACAUGAAAGCACACUACCAUCAAGAAGAAAAUGGCAGAUUUGAAUGUGAGCAGUGUGGACGCAUUUUUAAGCAUGCCAGUAGCUUGGCUUCUCACAAAAAAACUCAUGAGAUGGGCUCCUUCCAAUGCCCGGUGUGCACCAGAACGUUGCCCAAUGCAGUGGCGCUAAAAAACCACCUCCGCAUCCACACCCUGUCUCCAAGUGCCCAAGCUGAAGAGGAGAACGAUGACAAUGCCGAUGAAGACAGGGAUUAUAAUCUAGCACAGAAUCUGUCUGACGCAAAUUUUAGGAGUCACAUAAACAACAGUGGAAUGCUGCCUGGCCAUGAUCCCGAUAAGCAAAAAUCUCCAGGAUCUGAAGAUGCCUGGGACAGACCGUUUAAGUGUGACCAAUGUGACAGGACGUACCGACACCAUGGCAGCUUGGUUAAUCACAAGAAGUCCCAUCAAGAGGGCACAUAUAAGUGCAGUGUCUGUUACAAACAGUUCAACAAUCUCGCUGCCCUUAGUACUCACGAGCGCACACAUUCGAAAUUUAAACUCCCUGGAAUGUCCAUGGGGUCCCUUGUUCCUGAAGCAGCAUCUGACCCUCGCCCCCCAGGACCCCAAAAUGAUGACAUGACACCCAGCUUUUGCCACUUAUGUCAGGUGGCUUUGCCUAAUAAGAAUGACUUUCAAGAACAUAUUUUGUUACAUAAUGCUGCAUCAUCUUCGUUGGGGCUGCCACGUAGUUUCUCCAGUAUAGUGUCGCAUAAUCUUAGUACUGUUCGCUCCCCCACAGUCAAUUUGUAUACACCUGCUUUAGGUGACCCUCUCCCGCUUCCUCCAUUACCAGACAAACGUUACGACCCAAUGCUUGGGCCUCCUGUUAAUAAUUCCAUAUACACCUGUGCGUAUUGCGGAACAGGACAUCGUGACUUGGAGAGUCUCAAAAUUCAUUAUCUUACCCAUGACCCACACACCACAACACAUGUGCAUGGGAGCCCUGCUAUUUUAAAUUCAGAUGAACUGGCUUCAAAUUCGCAACAAUCGGCAUCGUCAUCUAAUGGCGGGACGAGAUCUCAGAAUGAGUCGGCAGCCAUUGAUGACGCUGAACGUAGAUUUAAGUGCCAAGAGUGUGGGAAAUGCUAUCGACAUGCAGGGAGUCUAGUUAAUCAUAAACGCUCCCAUCAGACGGGUCAUUAUCAGUGCACUGUUUGCUGUAAGCAGUAUCCACACUUAGCCGCCCUUCACAGUCACCUCCGCAGUCACAAGACACGGCCGAAUUUGCAGUCGAUGGGCACAGAGGGUGAUUGGCUUUCCUCUGAGCCAAUGACAGGGUUAGACUCUCAACAAGGCUUUGUACAUUCUCAGGACCAGGAGAGUAGUGCUACAACACCUAUUUCGCUCCCUGGUAAUCUUGGUGAUGCAGCCCACUUUGUCCCAGACAGUGGCCAUAACAGUGGCCUAGAUUCAUUGGAAUUCCACGAUCGAUUUGACGGCACUCUCACUCAAAGCAGUUCUGGCCAUUCCCCUCUUCCACAAAAUCAUCGUCAAGCAAAUAGUGUCAACCAGGGCACUAUGUCCAAUGGUUACCUGGGUAACAUGAGCUUCCAUAGUGCAAGUGGUGCCUCCCUGCCAGCAGGGAGUGCCAACCUCAAAGAAAGUAGUCGACAGCGGCGUGGUCACGAACAGAUGUCUUACGGAGGAGGACAGGCUAACUCCCUGAGCAACAGUAAGAGAAUUGAUAACAAAGACGAUGAUAAUGGAGAGGUUUACCAGUGCACCAUCUGCGGAAACCAUUACGCCAGCUUGAGGGCGCUUCGUAGCCACUUGCGAAGCCAUGGGGUCAACCAAGGGGCAGGGCCCUCCUCUACCCUCUCUCCAAUUGGUGAGCAAGAGUGGAGGAGGCGACAAGAGGGUAUUGCGGCCGGUCUUUUGAUCUGUAGUACCUGUGGCCAGAGCUUCAACAGAAAGCAGGACUUGCUAAACCACCAGUUGGCCCACGGACCUGCCAGGCAAGAUGGAGCUGCACAGGACUUGGGUGGUGCUAGCUCUAAUUCUAAUGGCAAAAUGGAUGGAAGGAACCACAUAUGCGUUGACUGUGGCAUGUUCUUUGCAGAUCGCCAUCAGCUGAUCACUCACCUGUGUCCAGGCAAGGCGAGGGCAGGGGGAUUGAACAAGGGCUUGAACGGAGCUAAAGGGAUGACGGGUAGUGCUGGUACCAGUGGUGACAGGGGCACCGUAGACCCUCGGCAGAUGCCAGACUCUGAUGAUCGGCCCCACAGGUGCGACCAGUGUGGCAGAGGUUACAGGCACCCCUGCUCCCUACUCAACCAUAAGAAAUCUCACAAGACUGGGGUCUUCCGCUGCCUUGUCUGCCAAAAACGCUACUACAACCUACUGGCUCUCAAGAACCACCAGCGGACUCAUUUUGACUUAAAGAGGCACAAGUGUGAGGAGUGUGGGAAAGCCUUUAAGAUUCAGAAGCAGUUGAUAAAUCAUCUGCGCUUGCACGAAGAGCACAGAGUGAAGACUGGAGAUCAACGAGACCAACAGGUUCAAGGCAUGUCUCAUCCCAACGGUGCCCACUAUGAGGGAGGCCCAUCACAGCUUCAAGCUAUGAGGAUGGGGGAAUCCAAAAUUCCGAACCCUCCCAUGAACACCAAUUACGGUCAACCUCAAGAUUACAAGAAACCAUACGCAGGGGCCAGGGCUCAGCAAGUUGAUGACGGUAGCGGCCGCCGCCCCUUUGCAUGCGAUCAGUGCGGACGCACUUACCGUCAUGCUGGCAGUCUCGCCAAUCAUAAGAAUCUACAUAAAAUCGGAGAAUACCACUGCAAUGUGUGCAACUCCACUUAUCCGAAUCGAUUGGCAAUGAAGAACCACCUCCGCAUGCAUUUCGCUCUUAAGAAAUAUUCAUGCACUGAUUGUGGUAGGGGCUUUAGGAACCAGCGGCAGCUUGAAACGCACACCAGCAACCAGCUCUGCAAAGAUCUUCCUGGCCCCCUUCCUGGUCCCAGUGUGCAGAGCGCUCCUCCUCCAGCCGAAUAUGAAUGCGAUGGGUGCUCACAGAUCUUUUCUACUACCACAGACUUGGCCUCGCAUAACUGCAGUGCCCAGCUUCCAUCUUCCUCGGCCUCCCUCAACAGCUCUAGUAUGAGCAUGGAGACGGGUGACCUGGGUUCUCCAGAGCGUGAAGAACGCCCUUUCACCUGUGACCUUUGUGGCUGCUCUUACAAGCAUGCUAGCAGUCUGCUCAACCAUAAAAAUACACACAAAAUAGGCAACUUCAGCUGCUCGUAUUGUGACAAGCCCUACUCCAACUACAUGGCCCUGCGCAACCACAUGCGCAUCCACACGCAGAAGAAGCGCCAUAUCUGCUCGACUUGUGGCAAGGCUUUCCGGUUGGCCCGCUUCCUACGUAACCACCAGAGAGUCCACGAGGAGGGCCACACACGUUUUGGCUGUCCCACCUGUGGGAAGAGCUUCCAGGGUCGAUCUGGGCUGGCCAGGCACCGCUGCGGGGACAACCAGGUAGGCAGAGAGGGCGUGAGGAUGGCCACUUCAAGCACAGGAGAGGAGUGCCGGUUCACAUGUGACCAGUGUGGCCGUUCCUAUCGGCAUGCCAGUUCACUCCUUAACCACAAAAAUACCCACACCGUCGGCAUCUACCACUGCGCAGUGUGCCUCAAGACCUACUCCAACCUACUCGCACUCAAGAACCACCGUCGCAUUCAUUCUGAGACUCGGCGACACCGUUGCCCUGAAUGCGGCAAGGCUUUCCGUGUCUCUUCCCAGCUACACAAUCACCGCCGUGUGCACCAAAAGGAGCGUGAGCUUGCCUGCACUCUGUGCCAGCGGAGCUUCCCCACCCAGGCUAGCUUCCGGCUCCACUUGGAAAUGCAACAUGGCCAUGCCCCGAAAUCAUCGCAGCAGCCUGGGAUUUCGUCCAGUCGCUCUGAUUUGAGUUGGAGCUCUGGGCUUGACCUUACGCUGAUGCAGGCCCAGGGAAUGGAUCCUAAUGGGCUCCCAAAGCAUAACACAUCACACCACGGUCCCAGUGGCAAUGGCUCAUCUGGGCAUCAGCAACAUAAUUUACCUCAGAGUUGCAAUGAUGCAGGGUGCAAGUCCCAUGUCUGCGAUCAGUGCGGCCGUGGUUACCGGCAUGCCAGCUCGCUUCUGAAUCACAGGAACAGCCACAAGAUGGGCACCUAUUUCUGCAGUUCCUGUCAGAAGGAAUUCUCAAACCUAAUGGCACUCAAAAACCACAGACGCAUCCACACAGAACCCAAACGUUACCAGUGCCCGGACUGCUGCAAAGCUUUCCGUGUUUCCACCCAACUCAUCUGCCACCGACGCAUCCACACCAAGGAGAAGCCUUUCUCGUGUCAACAGUGUGACAAGUGCUUCUCCAGCAAGUCCAACUUAAGACACCACCAAAAGGUCCAUUGGAACAGUUCGGCACCUUCUAGUGGCCAGAACAUGGGCACCACCAACUUCUUGGGUAUGCCCUCUGGGCCUUUUGUAUAAGUGAAAGCAGAACUUUUGGUUGGUUUUUGGUGGUUCAUGCCAAGGUUUUUGUAGGUGCCAACACCCCCCCCCCUUCCCUUUUGCUCUCACCCAUCUUCAUCUGUGUUGCUGUGAGGCUUCUGUUGAGCAGGUUGUUGCUUAGGAUAAGAGAAUUGUCCCUGCAUGUAAACAUUUAAUUAAAAAAUGGACGCAAAGUGGGCUGUCACAUCAUUUAUAGACUGUUAGUUUUAGGUCAUAACUCAUUUUCCAAACUUUACCCUCGUCCUAAACACCACAGGUGACCUUAGUUGGAUUUUCAUAGUUCCCUUUGGAGGUGGGGGUGGGGGGAGACAUUGAGGGCCCCUGCCUUCAUUUUCUGAAAACAGUCUUUUAUAGAAUUGCAAACUUGUCAAAAUAGUGUCCUGUUUUAAUGGACUCUAUGCACGGAACAAAGCAUACAUAUUUCCCGUCAAAUCUCAGGGGGCUAACAAUCUUCCGGUAUCGUAUCCAGCUAAGGAGCUAUAGCAAACUAAUAUUCAUUCUAAAAUAAAGCGAUUUAUCACAACAAAUUUGAUUUUAUUUAGUAGAAGUAUAAAAAUGAGCUCCGUAAUGAGCUCCAAAAGUGUAAAUACAUAUGUUUUGAAGCUUGCAGUAUGGCCGAGUUCUACUAUACCACUGUGUAAGGCUUUUUCUGUAUGCAGAGUAUUUACAUUCAGUGAUUGUACAGUGAUUUACAAGUGAGAAAUACAGCAACAAGCGAUUCGAGAGCACAAACAAUCACCUGGAGACGAUGUGGGACAGUUGCUCUGUUACUCGGCUGAGGUUUUAGUGCCAUCUGCAGGGCGACAAAACAUCACUGAGAACACAAACAGUACUGAUUUUUUUGUCAAUGAUUAUAUUUUCCCCAUAUUCAAAGCAUGAGUUUACACAUGAGAAAAGCACUGCUGAGAUGAGAAAAAAAGUACAGUUGAGGAUUUAUUCGUUUUAUUUCAUAUAAUAUAUAUCACACCACAAUAUACAUAAAUAUAAGUAAUGAUACAUUAACAAUUGGUAACACUUUACAAUAAGAUUAUUUGUUAACAAAAUGGUAAUACUUUUACAGCAUUUAUUAAUCUUAGUUAAUGUUAAUGCCAACAUAGAGUUUAUAGUGCAUUAGUUAAUGCACUAUAAACUAACAAUGAACAAUUCUAUUUUUAACUAAUAUUGACAAAAAUGAAUAAAUACUGUAAAAAAAGUUUCCGGCACUAAGUAAGUGGUAAAGUAAGUAAGAUCAAAAGUAAGUGUACCCCCUGAGGCAAAACGCAGAAGUGGCCGUGCAUAGAGUCCAUUCUUAACUUUUAGAUGAGGCAUUUCUAUUUAUAAGGGAAAUAACCACCGAUAUCCACCGGACUCAUAUUAGAUCAGUAUUGUUUUUGGGAUUUCACAGUGGGCAGGCUGAAUUAUAGCGACUGUAUAGUGACUGGUUCAAGAUUAACACAAAAAAAAUAAUGCAUGAAAAAUCAACCAUAUUUCAUUUCAUGUCCAGCUACCCCUCGAAACAUCCCUGAAAGCAUUCACAAUUUCCAAUCCUAGACUAUACAAAGAAAACGUGUUGAUUGUCCAAUGAAUUAACAAGUAGAAGUACAGUAACUAUGUUUAACAGUGUAUAGAGUGUAUUUGAAAAGUCUUCAGUUAUUGGAGGCAACACAUCUCUGUGUUGUGCAGAACUGUCCACGUUCUUUUAUUUUGUAUUUUACCCCCGUUCUUUUGACGUUCUAACUUUUCUAACUUGUGUGUUUAUUGCAGCACGGAGAUGAGCUUCAAACCUUAUUAUUCAGAAGAUGACAGCAUUGCGCUUAUUGGGUUUGAUUCUUUUUGGCAUCAUUUGUUUGUUCCCUUUUAUAAUUUCAUGAUGUUGCUCAGAACCCACGUUUUAAAACUGCAACUAACUAGCUAGUGUAUAGAAAUGAUAGGUUGUGCUAUGAAAAAAAAAUGGGAAAAAAUAAACGGGGGGGAAAGAUGUAUAUUGAUAGGCUUGUUAUGGCAUUUGGUUUUACCUUGUAUUGUAUUGUACCUCUGACUGUAUUAUUUACAGGAAACUUUUAUUAAAGAUCACUGUAGUAUGCAUUUUAUUUAUAUUAACACUUGUAACUGAAAAUGCUAGUUUUAGAACUUCCCAGUUUUACGGUCUCUUGUUCCAACCCCUUUUUUGUUUGGACCCUUCCAUUCUCCAGAGGCUAUCGGACACGGAGUCAGAAAUGGCAGGACUCCUAAAGAACACUUGUUAUAGUGUAUAUCCUUUUUCAUUGCCAUUAUUUGUUAUGCUUUUAAAUGAACAUUUCUGUCCCUUGUGCAAUAAACAGGGAACUGUUUUAAUGUGUGUUUUGAUUGCAGUACAAUGAGUGUAAACAUAUCACUGUAUUAUUAUUAUUAUUAUUGCCUUUCUCAUGUAAUGUCCUGACAGUCCCCUGCGCUCAUGUCAGGAUUAGAUGUGCCAGUUUCACUAUGUAAGCUCACACAUUAAGAAAUUAUUUUGUGGUCAUUGCAGUCAGCACGGCAAUCUUAUUUUAACUUCUCAGUUACAUCUUUAUGGUAACCCAUGUAUUUAUUAGGAUUUUGUUUUGUGUUCUUUUUUUAUUUUAUUUAAUUGCAUUUUGCUAUUUUGAGCUUAUUUUGUACCAAUAUUACCUUGGAGCACUGGUGCUAGUAAGUCAUAGUAUUCUGAGUGAAAAUGAAGUUGUAUGUGAUUAUGAUCAGAGCUUGGGAAGAUUUUAUAUUUAUGUAUACUCUUGCAAAUUCUGCACAAUUUGAUAAGUGAAAAAAAAAAGAAGAACAAUUCUUCCCAGGUGCACAGUUGCUAUUUUGGUGACGAUUGAACGAUUCAAAAUAUAAAUGAUUUCAUAUUUUUUUUCUUCCUUGUUUAUAUAUAUAUAUAUAUAUAUAUAUAUAUACAAACAUACGUAUAUAUAUAUAUUGUUUAUAUAUGCACACACUCACACACACAUAUAUAUAUAUACAGUAUAUGUGACUAUACUUUUUUUAAACUACGUUUUGAUAAUUCAUUUCCUAACAGAACAUGUUUGAAUUAUAACCUCAAUGCUCUCAAAUAAUAAUAAAAAAUAAAUAGCUGGAAAAUGAAUGUAACAUUCACUUCAGAUUUAUGUGUAUGUCACUCAUGGUUGAUGUUUUGAAAGAGUCAACGCCCACCAUCUGGUUUCAAUGCCAUGGUCUCCUUGUUAGAGUCUUUGUUUGUUCUGAUGAUUUUAUGAAUUGUUGGACAUGUGUAAUGCUUUUGAUUACAAGCUCAAAACAGUUUUGACUUUAAACCAUACCUAACAGUUGGGGUAAGUAGUAUGUUUAUGACCAGACCAAUGAGGAUUCUUGGAACUCUGUAAGUUCAAAAGCCAUUAAUGGAGUUUGAGAACAGAUUCAUUCACUAUUACUUAUUGUAUACAGUUACAGUAUAUACAUUUCAUGUUUAGCUUUUGAAAGUCCUGUCACUUGAUUUCCCAAAGCAUAAGAAUAAUAAGACUUCUAUAAACUCUUCUGUUCAGAGAUAAAUAUCUUGGUGUCUCAACUAUAUCACUUGUGUGGUUCAGGUUCAUGCCCCCCUUAUUGUAUCCAAAAUGCUAAAGCCCGCUUUACGCUCAACCUCCAGAAAUGGUCCAACAUGAUGCCUUUGUUCAAAGAUCCAGUUUUAAAAUUGUGGUUGAAUGCGGUUUUGUUUACAUUUACAUUUAUGCAUUUGGCAGACGCUUUUAUCCAAAGCGACUUACAGUGCAAUUAUUACAGGGA